AUGCCGGUCAUGCCUUCGGCGAAGGGAGGCCGACGGGGCCAACGAUGUGCCCUGGCCCUGUUCUCCCUUGCGGUGCUCUGCCUCUGCGUCUUCCGUAGCACCGGCGCCUUCGUGAGCAAGCCGCAAGUCACUCCAAGGCUCAGCCCGCGCUCCACACACCAGGAUUUGGCGAAGGAUGGGUCGCAAGGGCGACCCGCCCGUUCGGAGAUUGCGGAGAUCGCGGGCGUGGGUACCUUGGACGCAGCAACCGAGGAGUGGCUGUCUGCACUUCCCAGCUGGUUCUGGCGCGGGGUGAUCCUGGUCCUGUGCAUGCUCUGGGCAACCAACUUUGCCGUCAUCAAGGAGAUCACCGCGCAGCCAGGGGUCACCACGCAGAUGUACGCAGUGUCACGGUUUACAGUGGCAGCGGGGCUGAUGUCGCCCUGGAUCUCAACGGCCUCUUCGCCCAAAGUGCUUGCACAGGCAGUUGAGUGCGGCCUCUGGGUCGCCUUUGGCUACAUCGGCCAGGCCGUCGGCCUCAUGACGACCACGGCCUCCAAGUCCUGCUUCAUCUGCACGCUGAACGUCGUCUUCGUGGCGAUGAUCGUGGGAAUCACCAAGCGGAAGUUCGAUCCGCAGACGCUGUGCGCGGCCGUGUUGGCCGUUGCCGGUGUCGGCUUCCUCGAGCUGGCCGGGUCGCAGCAGUUCGUCAUCGGAGACCUGAUCUCCCUGGCGAUGCCCGUCGGCUUCGGUAUGGGAUACAUCCGGCUGGAGGAGAUUAUGGCCGAAAGCCCCAAGGACGCUCUGCCAGUGACAGCCGUGAAGUUGGGAGUGGUCGCUCUGGCCUCCUGGGCCUACUACGCCCUCACCGCGGGCGCCGUGGACCUGGACCCCGUGUUCGCCUCCUCCACGGCGCUGACGGGCAUUUUGUACACCGGGGUGGUCACAACAGCUAUGGCACUGGUGGUCGAAUCAGUCGCCUUCCGCUUUAUCGAUGCCACCUCGGCAUCAGUCAUCUUCACCACGGAGCCGCUCUGGGCUGCCAUCUUCGCCGUCUGGCUGAUCAACGAGCCCUUCUCGGCAGUGGACGCCGUCGGAGGCGCUCUGGUCAUCGGCGCCAACGUGGUGAAGGACAUGCCGUCGGAGAACCUGCCCUGGAACUGGGGCAAGGAGGGUGAGUCGGACCGAUGA